UAUGAUAGCGUUAAUUAAAUUCAUUAGAUGUUUUGUCUAAAGACGCCAUUUUUGGUUUCUGCACAAUCUCAGAACAAAAGAUUUGUUUGAAAAUAAAUAAUUGAUACAAUAAGAAAGAAAAAGUUUUGAUAUAAAAUGAAGGUACAUUUUUUAACGGCAAAAUGGACGUGGAAUUUAUAAGACAUAAGUUUGAGGACAGUUACGAUGGAGUACUCACAAAAACAAAGUUCAAGCUGGGGGUGCGGCACUUGCAAAUGCUGUACAUGUUUGUCUGCUCCCUAGUGCUGGGGAUGCUGAGAGGCAGCAAUGGCAUCGGUGUGCUGGCGAUCGCUGAUUACACACGCAAAAAUGACACUUACGUACCGAUCCAUAAUUGGGACAUGAGGAUCCAAGGCACAGUUCUAUCCUCAUUCCUAUUUGGCUACGCCUUGAUCCUGGUUCCAGCGGAACUGUACUUGAAGCAGGUGGUCGACAAGUUGAUAUUGACGGCUGUUCUUCUGAUCAAUGGGGGUGUAGCUGCUGCUAUGCCUACCAUCGUCAAUAAGGGUGGAUGGGUGGCCGUGUGCAACGCGCAGUUCCUGAUGGGCAUGACUCAAGCUUGCCUGACUCCUGUCAAUCUAAAGCUGAUCUCAAACUGGCUGCCACCCGGCGAAAGGGAGAUCUUCGGUUUUAUUAUCCAAGGAGCAAUACUCCUGGGCACAAUCAUAUCCUUGCCGAUAUCAGGACUCCUCACAGAAUCUCGUUUGUCCUGGGAACUGGUGUUCUACUCUCAAGCCAUGAUGACUCUCUCCAUGGCAGUGAUAUGGGGCCUCCUCACGGCCAGCUCUCCAGAACGUCACCAGGCUAUAGGGGAUACUGAGAAAGAGUUCAUAAGAGAAUCUUUAGCAGGGUAUAGACAAAAAAAGCUUCAAAGGCCGUGGCAAAGAAUUCUGCAGACGAAGCAAUUUUGGGCGCUCGCCGUCGCACACUCCGCCGCCAACGUGCUGUUCGUGUUCUUCUUAUUUGAAAUACCAGCCUUCUUGCAAUCUCUGCAAUUAUCAAUUAGAAUUUGCAGCUGGCAAGCAGCGUUACCUUUUGCUGCGAUGUGGAUGGUGCACGCGAUGACAGCGCCCGCCGUCGAACUGAUCUACAGAUUUGGUUACAUUAACUAUUUGUUUGACGUCAAAUACUUUAGGAAAAUUAUUAAUGGUUUAGGAAGUUGCGGGAUAAUAAUAGGAUUAACGAUUUUGCCCAGUUUAGUUUCCAACUGGAAUCACUUGGGGGUUAUCGUUUUAAUUGGAACCCUGGGUCUGGUCGGAUUACAAUUUUCUGGAUUCCUUGAAAAUCAUAAAGACAUGACACAAAACUACCCUGGUACCCUGAUGGUGAUGACCAGCGCGGUCGCUAGUGUGACAGGGGCCUUAGUUCCGUUGGUGUCUGGUUUGGUCAUAGGAGACGACGUUACAAAUCUAAGCCGAUGGCGCGUGGUGUUCAUGUCGUUGGCGGGAUUCUGUGUAGUCUGCUGCGUCGUGUACUCCAUGUUUGCGAGUAGCAGCCGCCAACCAUGGGAUGGGACUAUCAAGCAGAAGUUUGGAUAUAGCAAUGAUGCCACUAACUUGGAACUCGAAGAAUUAAGUGAAACCAAGAUAAAGAAUCGAUGUUUUGAAGCAGAUACUGUUGUGUAAAUAAUUUACUUUAGCAUUAGUUAAGUUUUCUGUUAGUGUUAAGUUGUAUUCUAAAAUUAAAUGUAUAUAAUAAU